AUGAGCCCUGCUUGGAGAAUUGCUAGCCCUUAUUGCCUUGCCCUCGCACCUCAUGUCAACACCCAAGAGCCAGUGUGGUAUGUAGGGUGCAAGACAUUAGACGGAGAAGACAAGCAAUUUUUUUCUCAAACCUAUUUUGACGUCAACUAUCCUGAUCUUGCGCGAUGGUCGAAAUCGUUCCCGAAUGCCGCCCGCUCAUGCUUCAUCACAUUUGGCCAGAACUUCAGCUACUUUGCUUGUGCCCAGGGAAGAGGGUCAAUAUGGGCUGGUAUACCCUCAGAUCUGGAGGAUAAACUCCGAAAAUCGCAUGAUACGCCCAUCUGUGUUAGUCUCGGAGUGAAGAAUGCAUGGUUCGUCAUGUAUCCUGAUCGGCGCAUAGCAUGGGAUUUCCAUGGCCAUUACAGCACACUCAAUAAGAUCAUAAUCGAUGCUGCACCAGGAGCUAUCACCUACGUUGCCAUCUCGCCGUAUCACCAAGACCACUACUUCAUUGCAUUCCAGGACGGAUCUGUCAAGUACAGCUUCCUGGGAGGACCUCCAGAAUGGUCGAUUCUCAUGAACGAGGUUUUCAGCCUCUGGAGUGCUCAGCGCGUGCACCAGCAUCACGCCAACACGGCACCUUCACCUCAACCACAGAUACCACAAUAUGCAUAUGGACAUAUGCAAAGACCUCAGCCGCAGGCUCAUCUUCAAUCACAGUUGAAUGGCGCCUUUAGUACUCCUCCAUCGCCGAUGGCUAUUCACCAAUCCCCUUCAAUUCACAAUGCUUCGUUAUACCAGCACAAUCAGCAUAUCCAGCAAAGCACAGUUCAGAACAUCUCACUCCCAAGCAAGGAACCGCAUUACGGCGUCGCGCCAUUGCCAGUCGAGUUACCAGGAGAUAUGUUACAUCCUCUACCACAGCUUACGACAGCACAGCUGGUAGAUCAACCAACAAAGAAGAGACACAGCUUUCUGUCGAAGAUUUUUUGA